CUCACACACAGGCACAGGAGGCUGACCCCCCACCCCCCCUCCCCCUCCGUCCACCUCAGUGUCUCAGUCCCCUGACCUCCAGCUCAGCUCUCAGAUCUCACCACCAUGAUCUCCUACCUGAUCCUCUCACUUCUCAUCUCAGGUUUGAAGGAAUCGCAACAAACAAACACCACAGAGGAAGAAACGUCGCUAACGAGAAAUCAAACCGAGGUUUUAUCUCCAGACGCAAACACCACGUCUGGUUUCUCUGGAGAUGAGAAGAUUCAGCUGGAGAAGGAGCUGCAGGACAACGAAACGUCCGUGAUCACAGAAGAUGAAGAAAUGUUCCUGGAUCAGGACAACUCACCUCACAAACCAUGUGCACGGCAGCAGCUGUUGAACUACAGCCAGGAGUUUUGUGAAACAGAAUUCUACUUGCAGAUGAUGCAGCUGGGACCUGACAAGUGGUGCCACCUGGAGAGCAUCAGCAAAGCCUACAGCAGCCUGUCCAUCUGUGUGGAGAUGGUGUCGUCCCACCUGAGGUGCUUCUACCCGAACGCCGGCACUCAGGACUUCUUCAUCCACAUCCACUCUCUCUACUUCCAGAACUGCACCAAAAAGGACUUGGCUCCGGAGGACGCCCCUGGGUGGGUGGUCAUGGUACUGACCCUCAUUCCAGUCAGCCUCAUCCCGGUCCUGGUCUAUCUGGUGGUCUGGAAAAGUAAAGUCCAAGAGUGACCUAAGAGCCGACAUGCAGCCCAGUCAGUUGUGUGUGUUAGUUUUAACCACUGUUUAAGGUCAAAGGUCAGUUACACUUAUGCCAUUCAGACUUCUGGGCUCAUCUGGAAUUAUAAUUUCAUUAAUCUGGAAUUAACGCUGGUAAUAGAGUUGCCACGACAACAACAUUUUUGGCCAACGUGUAUCUUGAUACUUUUAAAUAAACAGUAACAUCUUUUUAGAAAUGGGUGAAAUAAAUAGAAUACCAUCACAAAUACUAUAACCUUUGGUGAAAAAA